AUGACUAAUAGUUGUUAUGCUCCUUGUGAACUUAUCCUUAAAAUUGGCAGCAACGAAUGUGAUGAGAUAUCAACAGCGAUAAGCAGUCUUCUUCGAACAUGUUCAAUAAGUGAACAAUCAUUUUUUCUCGUCGAACGUCAAAUUCAACCAACAACUUAUUAUGGUUCGUUUACUAAUCAAUCCACGUCAUCAUCAUCGUCAUCGACAACACUAUCAGUACCCGUUCAAUCACAAUCAUUAAGUUGUGUUCUGCUUCUAACAGAUGACAUACUUAAGCAACAACAACUCGUUCGUCCAUCGCAGACAUCGAAGAAAAACAAAACUUCAUCAACUAUUCUACCGAAAUCAAAACAUUUUUUUAAAUCAACAAAUACAUGGAAUUUUCACCAUAAAAUUGAAUUAUUAGAUGAAAAUAAACAGACAAUAGCGAGACAGGAUUAUUAUGAGCUAUCGUAUUAUUUACCAUUAUGGUCUGUAUCACACAUUCCUCAUAGUCGACAACCAAUCAUUCGUUUCAAUAUAUUUACUCAACAUUUUGAUAUAAUGCUAACAUUUUAUACACGUUUAUUUCAACGUAAGCCCGAUUCAAGUAAACCAGGUUUCGUUCUUUUUAUUUUACCAUCAACACCACGUAUGAAGAUGAUUUAUCAAUUUUCAAUUAAAUAUUCUCCAUCAAUUCAACCGUACACAAUUGCUCAAAGUGCAUAUUUGAAGUUUCGUCUAAAUAAUUUGGAUCAUUUCAUCAAUGAAUAUUCCAGUAAAUUAUUUGCACUAAACAAAUUCGAAUAUUAUAUAUACGAUCCGGAUGGAAAUCUUCUUCAUUUACACUUGUAUGAUCUAUCGAAGAGAAAAAACAUUGAAGAAAUAAAUCAUUUAAAAUCAUGCACUCAUACGAACGACAGUGGUGUUGGUGAUAGUAGUGAUCCUCCAACAACUCAUUUGUUCAGUUCAAUCGUGCCACAAGGUUAUAGACCGUGUUAUCCAGUUAAUAAUCAUAGACAACAACAGGUCGUCUUACCAAAUGGAGACAUCGAUGUUCAAAGUCACUCAUCUCAAUCAUCGCAUGAUUCAGGUCGUUGGAGUUCAGUAUCAUCAAAUGAAUUCAAUUCAAAUAAUCGUAUGAAACGAACAGUUCAUCACAUUCCAAUAACAGUCGUGAACAGUACGUCGAUAUCAGCAGCAACAGCAAAAAAGAUUGAAAAUUUUCAUGAAGAACCUGUUCAGAAUUCGAAAGAGAAAGAACAACAGAGAACAGUAUCAACUCGCACUGGCAAUAAACAUCAACGUCAAUGGAAAACGCCAGUAUAUGAUAGCGAACCACGAUUAUCAACUUUAAUGAGCGUAAAUAAUCGUUAUUAUUCAUCGAUGAGUGAUCUUAAAAUUAAAAAUUCAAUUCAUUCUUCCACAGCUACAGAUUCGAAAUCAACAAAUUUAUAUCGUUUUCAAACAAUAACUGAUCAAGAUUGUGAUAUUUCAUAUGAAGUAGACUCUCCACGAGCACAAACUGAAGUGUUACCAUUAGGAUAUCUCAAUGCAUUCUUACUGAAAAAACGUCAUCAACAGGAACAAACCAGUAAUGCAUCGAAUAUUCAAUAUUUGAUCACUCAGUUCGAACAACCGAAUCCAUUAUUAACUACUCAACGACCAGUAUCCGUUCCACUCAUGGAACAAACAGUGAAACCUACGAAAGGUAUAUUACAACGACGUCUUCAUGGCACAAUCACACCUGUACAAAACAAAUCGACGCGAAAACGUUCUAAAUCAGUUACAUUUGAAUGUCAUGUAGAUGAGAAUUAUACAUCAAGUGCAGAUGAAGAUAAAAACAAACAUCUUACAGAUCAUCUACGAAGUCCUCGUAUCAAUAUUGGUAUAACAUUAGAUUCUCGUUUAAGAAAGACACCUGUUCUAGAUAUGUUGAGAAGUACAGCAAUGGAAUCCGAUUUUCUCGAACCUCGACAAUUGAAUCGAACCACAUCAUUAAGGCAACCAUUUAUACCUAUGGCUCGUUUUUAA